GAUAAACAGCCGCUAACCAGAGCGUGACAGGGAGCAGAGGUGUGCAAGGGGCAUUAUUAUUCCGUCAAACACCCAGGUCACGAGGGAGACAGUUUCAUCUCUGUAUCCACGAAGAAGAUCCGUGGCUCAUCUCACACAAGGCAAUGUCAAGACAAUGUCUGAUUACCUCCCUUUGUUGGUGAUUGACAAGUGCUGUUGUCGCUCAGAUGGGACUGUGGUGUGCCGAGGAGGUAACCAGCAGCGAAUGAUGUAAAACACAAUGGAGGAAAUCAAACUACCAACCAAAGCUCCAGGGUCUUUGCGAAAUAAGACAUUAGGGAGACUGACGGGAACAAAGCAGCCCCAGGGCGCAGCUAAGCGCCAGACAUGGCACGGCGGCAACCCGAGGCCACCUACUCCAGCACCAGCACCAGUCCCGAAGCCCAACCUGACCUGGGAGCCCGGGAUGUUCAACCUGGACUACAUCAUCAGGAACCUGUACCUGCCCCGGGUGGUGAUGUGCGACCACAGUUUCUGUGACCUGGGAAGGGGGACCAUGGGGUUCGACUGUGGGCAGCUGCUGAUGCUGCAGAGUAAGAAGGAUGGGUUGAAGGUGGCUGCCAGUAGUUUGGCCGUGGACUCUCGUGAUGGGAAGACUCUGCUGGAAACGGAGAACAGCCUGCUUAUUCCCGAGGAUUACAAAGGCUGGUUUGCUGUCGUCGGGUCAGAGCUGACGCUGAAAGCUAUUCCCCACUACCGCCAAGUGGGCCAGUUAGCGAUAUCCGACUGUCACACGUUUCUCAUCGGUGGUACCCGUAACGUGCAGUCUGUACAGAAAGUGGGCGAUACCGUGACAGCCUCCAGGCACCUCUGUCCGGGAGAUGUUCUGAAAAUGGGAAUCCUUGACGGAGCUGAGAAGUAUUUACACUGUGUGGAUGAUAAUGACAGGGAAGUUCUACUUUCCGUGAAUACAGAAGGAACCUUUUACGUCUGCACGAAUAAAACCAGACCCAACAACACCCCAGUCAUGCAGAUAAAGGACAUCCUAUUGAAACAAAAAUUCCCCUGUGUUGUGAAACUUGUGUAUGGUAGAGAACCUUCUGGGGAAGGAGUAUUCACCAAAAUCAUGGUUUUGGAGAAUGUGCAGGAAGACACCUCAAUCCUUUCCUCAACUCUGCUAAAACCAAGCAAUACCUUGCAUGAGCUUUCUGUGGAUAUCCCUAACAAAUUUCGUGUUGCUGUUCAGAGCAAGGAGCUGUGCCAGAACCCUGGAUACAUCAGCGCUUUAAAUCUGUUCCAGGACAAAGGUGAUAUGUUUAUGAGAGGAAUCAAGAUGUUCCGACAGGCAGAGAGUCCCAUAGAAGAAAAAAUAACAGCGAUUGGAAUCUCCUUCGUAUCUCCGGCUGUGAAUUCUGUUCCUGUUCCAAAUAAUACCAAACCGUCAACUAUGACAGACCGAACUCCCUCUCCGCAAGCUGUUGAAAUUAUGUCAGGUCCUACUGCACCAGUGAAACAGGCAGAGCUGAAACAAGGAAAUGCACUGACAGUCAGUGAUGGCAAACGAGUUCAAGAAUCCACUGAUGGCAAGUCGCAGGAAAAAGUACAAUCAGCUCCAAUGUCAAAAGUCUCUCCUCAACCACAACUUAAAAUUAAUGCCAAUUCCAGAAGGUCCUCAAUUGACAAUCGUCCAAGAAUGCCAGAGCCGGCAACACCACAAGAAUCUAAAGUAGGUGUGGCAAAAGCCAUUAAUGGAUCUCGCAAAGGGUCAGUUAAUAGUGAUCGUCCUAAUAUGACUAAGGCAAAUGUUGGAUCUCUUCCACAACAAAAUGGUGUCAAAAGGAACGAUACAGCGACCAGCCUUCCUUCAGAAGUCCCCAAACUGUCUAGUGUAGAUGUGAAGAUAGAACCACCAGUGCCUACAGUUAAUUCACACAAAGCCGAAACAAAGAAACCCAGACCCCCUCGCCCAAACGCAUAUGAAGAGGUGUGGACAGCAACAUCCGGGAAAGAUGACGACAGCUCUUCCACCAGCAGCAUGAGCGACACACACGUCUUUCAAGAUCAAGGUAUCGGUGGGCAGGUUGUCACUGGUGGAGUGCCAGCAACCAUUCAAACAAAUUAUUUGAAACCUGAAGAAAUCCACGUUGCAGAAUCUAAGGUUGACAAGAAACAAGCAAGAAAACCAGCCUCAUACUACUCUACCAUAAACAUUGUUGGAGGAGACCCUGAAAUUGUUGAGAACAGCCAACCAGCCACUCCUAUAGAAGACCCUAAGAUGCUCAAAAAGAAAAAGGUAUCUUUUUCAGACAUUUUAGAUGUACAUUCAUUUACCAAGCCCCAUGUUACAACAAUAAACGUCAAAGAAAAGAAGAGCACAACUAUUGAUGAACUGCAUGACUUCAGUGAUGGAUUCGACUCAAUGUACAUCCCUGACUUUGAUCCCCCGGAUGAUACAUUUGACUCUGGGAGCAGCCUCUCCUCAGGUUCUGCUUCAGGUUCCAGUUCAGAUGGAGCUGGUGGAGUUCUGGAAUCCUUCAUGGCUGACUCUAGUUCCAGUGAAGAUGACAGCGGAUACAUGAAGCCAGUGUUAGACAGAAAGGGACGGGUUAAGCUGGAGAGAGACAUUCAUAAGGCGCAAGCGGGCCCACCCAGUACUCACGAGGGCAUCGCCAAGAGGAUUUCUUUACCGAGUAUGAAAAUUGUUGGGUCUGGUGAUGAUCCUGAAGGGGAGCGUAAAAGUAGAUUUUCGGCUGGUGAGUCAGAUAUACUGUGGUGACUGUCAGAUCUGUGAUGCACUGUGAUUGCCAUGAUGAUGUUUUCAUAUUCAGUGGAACCCCUUUAAAAGACAUACUAUAAUCUCUUGCCACCUUUUUUUCGAGACAAGAGAUGUACAGUGACGCUUGUACCUUGAUAAACUUCGAGAUAUGGAACAGUUCGGUAUAACGAGAUUUGACUAAUUGACUCAUUUUUUUAUAUUUUUUUAUAUUUGUUAUAUUGUAAAAUCAUAUACAAUAUAUCUUUAUUUACACUUAACAAAACCAUCUAUACCUAAUUAUACUAAAAUAUUGUUUUGUUUACAAUACUACCAGUGAUAAGUUUUUGGUUGACAGCAAGAAAAUAACGUUCCAAUAGAGCACUGUGCAAUAUUAUGUCAUGUGUAGAAAUAAUAUAGAGGACACUAAUGUUUCACAUUACAUGUCCGUUGUCGAAAGUGUCAACAAAUACUACAAAUGUCUCAGCAUGAUGAUUAUUGACGAAUGUAUUAAGUAAAUAAAGCUCCGUAUGGCGUGUUUUACAAAUUGUU